GACAAACACGUGAGGCCGUCAGUUAGACUGACCUGCGGACGGACUUGGAACUUUCAGCUUCAGCGUGGUCAUGUUUCUCCAGUAUUACCUCAAUGAACAGGGAGACCGGAUCUAUACCCUGAAGAAAUUGGACCCUACGGGACAACAGACCUGCUCGGCCCAUCCUGCUCGGUUCUCCCCAGACGACAAAUACUCUAGACACCGAAUCACCAUCAAGAAACGUUUCAAGGUGCUGAUGACCCAGCAACCGCGCCCUGUACUCUGAGGGUCCCUUAAAUUUCAUGUCUUUUCUGCCGCCUGCGACCCCUCUGAGACUUUCCGAAACCAAGCUCUUCAAUUCGUGAGCCUUGAAGCCUUCUAGCCACCCUUGCUUUUUGGAAUCCGGUGUCAUCAUUACCUUUGAUCAUGCAUAUGCGACGCAAUCGUGGUAGUAUCGCCUUAAAGGGAACAAAUUUGAAUCUGCUUUUUAUAUUUGACUCACUGUCAGGUUAUUAAAAUGAUUUGAAAGAGCUCUCAUUUCACAUGUUGUGGGAAGAAAAGAGUGGCUUAAGAAAAGACGAGAGAGAUACAAGGGAAGAGUUACCCAAGGGUAAAACAAGGGGUAAGCUUGGAAGAAUAUCUUAAGUAGCUGCUCUAGCAGUAGUGCUGUACUGUUAGUGAUAGGAGUGUGUUGGGGAAGGGAAGGAAAGGUCGAAAAAGACUUUUGUGUAAUUGUCAGCAUUCACUGAAAAAUAUUCUUGUGAUAAUACAAGUAAUUUAUUGACACUUGACAUUUUGACUCAAAAUGAAAGAGUUGUUUGACAAAUAAUAGCCAUAUUGUAGAGCAAAAGCAGUGAUUUGGAAGUCAGGAGACCAGGAUUCUCCCCUUUGUAUAACUUUAAGAAAGUCACUUAACCUAUUUAGUUCCACUUUCAUCAUUUCCCAGUUUUCUUUUAACUCUAAAAUUGAUUGGGUUCAGUGGUGGAUCUUAAUAUAUCUACAGUGUUGUCCCACUGUUGUGAAGGGGAAUGGCUUUAUGUAUACUUACUGCUCCUCUGGUAAUAUUCCCAGGCUUUUAGUUCUCUCCAUCAAGGCGUUGCCCUCUUACAUACACCUAACUUAACUCGCUGGCAGCUGGCUGCUAUGUGGAACACUAUGUGGAUCUUAAUUUAAAAGAUGACAUAUGAGAGAUUGAAGGAGGGAUUUUGUUGUUUUUCAAGCUACUGUUGGGAGUUAACAACAACAAAACCUGGGAGAUUUCAGAGAACUGGAGUGGCUGUCAUGGGGCAGCUAUAAAUUUUUCAUUCAAUUCCACUAGAGGGAAAAUGAGGCAAAGUACUGUAUAUGGGCACUCAAAAAUGCUUAGCUUGCUUUCUUUCUACAGUACCUCUCCUUCUCAGGUUAAUCCAUUAAUUUCCCAAUCUUCUCAUUUGUGGCUUUCGAUAUUGGAUUUGAAUGUUUGCUUAAUGCCACAAAUUUAAAAACUUUAUCUGUGGAGAUCAUUUUCUAAUUAUACAGUAUUUUUCUAUUGCAUCAAAAUUCUAGAUUCCAGAAGCAGAUGUAACUUAAAUCAGAGAAAAUUCAAUUUGUUAAGAUUGGCCCUAAAAAGGGUAGAUACGUUCUCUUGGAAUCUGAUGUCUGACCAUCUCAGCAGAAAAGUUCAGCAUAGUUGUUGACUGCUGAGGAAAGAAAGCUCUAAACUGGGUUUAUAGUUAACAGAAGACAUGAUUUUUAGAUUAUUACUUUAACUUACAGAAAUAGAGAAAUAGUUUUUACUGUUGAGCAAUUUUUUAUUUCUUAGCCCAUUUACUUAUGGGGUUCUUAGCAAUGGAUCUGACAGAUUUAAAGAGUUUCCUGUUCUGUUAAGGGGAUUAAUGAUGGAAGAAAUAUUAAAAUUUUGCAAAUGGCUAGAAAAAGAAGUUUCUUAGCACCAAAGUCAGUUAAUGAAAUCGUCCAAUU